AUGAACGUGGUGGGGAGCUACCAGGGCCACCACCACCCGCACCAUCACCCGCACACCGCCUUGCUCCACGAGCCGUUUCUCUUCGGGCCACCCCCACCGCCGCCCCCUGCGCGAUGUUUCCCGGCGGCGGCGGCGGCGUCCGACCGGCCCUUCGCGCAGGGCUGGCUGUUGAGCGCAGCGUCGGCCGAGCUGUCUCCGCCGCCUCAGCCGCCGCCGCCGCCGCCGCCUCCGGAGCUAGUGUGUGCCGCGGCCGGGCUGGCUUCCUCGGCUUCGCCCUCUUCGUCCUACGGCAGCAGCCCCUCGGAGUUGGGCGGGCGCCUGCCUGGGCGCCGGAGGGCCGGCCCGGCGCCUGGAGCCCCGCGCAAGGAGCGGCGUCGCACCGAGAGCCUGAACAGCGCCUUCGCCGAGCUGCGCGAGUGCAUCCCCAACGUGCCGGCCGACACGAAGCUGUCCAAGAUCAAGACGCUGCGCUUGGCGACCAGCUACAUCGCUUACCUCAUGGAGGUGCUGGCCAAGGACGGGCCGGCCGCCGAGGGCUUCAAGGCCGAGCUCAAGAAGGCCGAGCCCCGCGACGCCAAGAGGAAGCGCGAGCAGCCGCAGCCCGUGGGAUAUUCUCAUGCUUUAGGUCAAGGCGAAAAAAGGCUUAAGGGCAGGACUGGGUGGCCUCAGCAGGUCUGGGCGCUGGAACUGAAUCAAUGA